AGAAUUGAAGCACUUGUGCUGCUAAAAGCCGAAAGGGACGACGAGAGUUCUACUGUAUUAUGGUCAAUAAUGGAGAGCAAAGCAAGCGUGGUGACCCGUCUUCUUGCUGUGAAACAGAAGUCCGGUAAGAGUUAUAGUGAGAUUGCAGAAGAGACGGGACUGACCAAUGUGAACGUAGGUCAGCUAUUGCGGAGGCAAGCCCAACUCAAGCCCUGCACUGCCACUAAACUUAGGGCCUCACUGCCCGACCUCACCGACGACCUCAUCCAUGAGAUGAUGACUCCUCCUAUGAGGUCUUACGACCCUGCCAUUGUCAGAGAACCUGCUAUUUACAGACUGAAUGAAGCCGUUAUGCAUUUUGGUGAGAGCAUUAAGGAGAUCAUCAAUGAGGAGUUUGGUGAUGGCAUAGGGCCGAGAAUAUGAUGUCAAAGAUAAGGU